AUGACAAUGAAGCCUGGCCUGUUAAAGCAGCAGGGCGGAGUGACGGGGUCCGAGAGGCAGGCAGCGACGGUAAACGAGUAUGAUGGUGUAGAGAACCCGACCAAAGACGGUCAGAAGACGAACGGCAAAGCGGCAAAAGGUGUGCGGACGGCCUGGGCUCGAGCAGUGGCCAUGCCCUGUCUAGAAGGUGGCGACGGCGGAGCCGGACGGGGACCAGGCGAAAUAAUGGUUCCGGUCUUAAGCUUGAAAGCCUUGCACUGGGGUAAAGUGAAAAAGCAGCAACAGCCGCCAUCUUCGCUGCAGUGCCCGAGACAGAGCGCCCGACUCAAGCAGAUCGUCCUGCUGCAGCUUGACCUUAUCGAACAGCAGCAGCAACAACUCCAUCUCAGGGAACGGGAGAUCGAUGGUCUGAAGGCGGAAAAAGAGACGCUUUUGGCUCGUCUUGAACGCAUGAAAAGGAGAAUGCAACUGGUGAAAAAAGAGAAUGAGAAAGACAAAUGUAGACUCAUUCCAACUGUGGAAGGAACUGAGGAGAAGAAUGUAACAGAAUCAGAGAAAGUUCAUCAACAGAUGACCCUUGAACAACCCCUGGCAGAGACACACACGGAUCAGACAGCAAUGUAUUCUGGGAAGGGUUACAAAAGGAAAUCUGUGCUAGGAACAACAGAAAGGAAACCACCAGUGAAAAAGCUUGUGGCUGAAUUCUCAAGAGUGCAGACAAAGUUGGCUAAAUCCCCUCAGUUUCGACAGGCUGCAAGUGGCCCCUUACCUGACAAAGUUUCAAAACGAGAAUUGAGAAGUAAAGAAAUUCCAGAAAAAUACAAAUCUCAGACUUGGGAGGGCCAUAAAUCUUCAAUGAGUCCAGGUCUUCCCAUCGGUAAAGACCAGUCUGGAUUAAAUGACAUAGAAGAGGAACCAUACCUAUGUACCACUGAGAUGUACCUAUGUCAGUGGCACCAGCGACCACACUCUUUUCUUCGAGAAGCUUCACCCAAGAAAGAAGAAACUGUAGCAAUACCAUCAUGGAAAGAGCAUUCAGUGGAGCCUCUCAUAGACCUGCAACACAAUGAAAUAUUUGAGAAUUUAGAUGACUGUGUUUUCGCAAAGCGACAUGCAAAGCUUGAACUUGAUGAGAAGAGAAGGAAAAGGUGGGAUAUUCAGCGGAUCAGAGAGCAAAGGCUGUUGCAACGAUUGCAACUGAGAAUGUACAAAAAGAAAGGAAUUCAGGAAUCAGAGUCAGAAAUCCUAUCAUUUUUCCCUGAAACAGAUGACGUGGAAUCCCUGGUGAUUACCCCGUUUUUACCUGUGGUGGCUUUUGGGAGGCCUCUUCCAAAAUUAUCACAACAGAACUUUGGAUUACCCUGGUUGGAUGAGCGUAGCAGGUGCAGGAUAGAAAUACAGAAAAGACAGACACCACAUCAAACAUGCCGCAAAUAG